AUGAAUUGGAAUAUCUGCAUCGGUCUUGAAAUUCGUUUCCAAUUGGCAGCAACGAAGAAGUUGUUUAGUUCCGCAUAUGUGAAGCAUGAAACUCCAAACAGUUCCAUUGCUUUCUUUGAUGCGGCCCUCCCUGGGUCUAUGCCGGCAUUGAAUCCGGAAGCCUUAAGACUUGCCGUUCAAGGAGCGCUGGCACUUAACUGUGAUGUUGCGCCGAUAUGUCAAUUUGAUCGCAAGCUAGUCUUUCAUCCUGAUUCAUUAUCUGGUUACCAGAUAACUCAGCAUGAGAUGCCAUUGGGAGAAAAUGGAUUUAUAGACCUUUCUCAAGAUUUGGAUGGAGUGGAAAAUGUUCGCAUUCCUAUUCAGUCGAUACAAUUAGAGCAGGACGUUGAAGAAUCUGUCCGAAUGAAGCAAACUAAAAAGAAUUUAUUAAAUUUUAAUCGUGCUGGAUCAUCCGUGAUUAAAAUUGUCGUGCCUCCAUGUUUGCAUGAUGAGCAGACCACUGGUGCCCUCAUAUGUAAAUUGCGAAUGGUGCUUUCUCAUGCAGGACUUUUGUACCAUGAAACGGAGCUUGGUGGAAUGCAUUGUCGUGUCAACAUCUCUAGUGGUUCAGCGUCAUCUAAUCAUAAGAAUAUGAUUUCUGGAAUCAAGCCAUUUCAAAUAGAACUGGAGAAUUUAUUUCUCGUGCAAAAUGUGAAGACUGCCAUUCAGUCUGAAGUCCGUCGUCAAUUUUCACCCGCCGAAGAAAGCAAUUCUUUGCGUAACCAAGUGAGAGCUUUUGACGAUAAAACUGGGAAAACCUUUUUCCUUCGUGAAAAGUCAGUUUUUGAGGAUCAUUUAUAUGUCUCUGAGACGGAUAUACCGCCCAUUAACUUAUCUAAGGCGUACGUUGAGAGAUUGAAACAAGCUAUGAGCCCUCUACCUGACGUUCUUUAUGCGACACUUACGUCGAAACCGUAUAUGUUGUCCAAUUUUGAAGCUCGCGCUCUUUUAAGUUAUGCUAAGGGUUAUUUUUAUUAUACUUCAGUAUGGGAUAUUAUCGUCUCUCAAAAAAAGGUCCCCUCCAAUACAGCCGAUUAUGUCCUACGGUCUUUGGCAUCUUGCAUUUUAACUGUCCUUUCAUCAAAUUGCAAUAAGCGAUUGGAGUCAGUUCCACCAAAACAAUUAGCUGACGUUAUUUUGGAUACAGGUUAUAAGAAGGGAUCUUUCAUUAAUGUUGAAAGCAGCAUUCAUUAG